AUGGAUGUCUUGAUGAUCGCCCGGGAUUUAGCCCGGCAGAAUGGUCAAGUCAUGAAUAUCGAUUCGUUCCUUCCUCCUAAACCUUACGCGGGACCUUCUACUCCUCCUCCAGCUCCAUCGAUCUCCUCACCAUUACCCGGACCACCAAACUCGGUGGCGAGGAAACGUCAAUCCAGCCCGCCGUUGCAUUGGAAGACUAAACGGAAAUUGGCCAUGUUGGCCGCUAGGGAGAGUGUGACACCUAUGACUCCGGACAACGCACCGAUAGAAAGUGAAGGGAACACAGGAGGUGUUCAGGAAGUCGAAAACAUUCAGGUUGGGGAGACGCCAAUGUCCACAGGAAAAAGGAAAGAGGUUGAUCGGGGGGAGAUACAAACUGGAGCGAGUUAUUGGAAUUCACUCCUGAUUCGAGCACGAAGUGAAAGAGGUCCUCAAUGGGAUUACAACACUCAAUCUUUCCUCGUCGACCGACAUUCUACACGUUAUUACACUCAUGGAUUACCCGUACGAACAUCUACAUCUGUCCCUCCAUCCGAUGAUUCUCCUUCUUCCUCUAAUCCAUCUCCACUUCCAUUACUUGAGUCUACGCCACAGCAAACAGAUCACAUGGGAUCAAUGGAACAAUACAGUAACGGUCAUACAUCUCAACAUGAUCCUAAAUCACAUUCACCUGUGAAAUCAUCAAUACCAAAUACCGAUUCUUUCACCACCCAAAAUCAUCCAUCACAAUUCGACGUCUCGUCUUUUCCUUCUUCUUCUUCUCAACCUGGUCAUCCGUCUCGGCCUUCAUAUCCUCCCAAAUCGGCAUCACAUACACAGUCUCCAUAUCCUUAUCAAAAUAUGCAAACGUCCGAUACGUACCCUCAGUCAUAUCCCAUACAAAACUCUUCGACGCCGCAGGGUAUUCAGCGGAGAACAUCAGGUCAGAGUGAGAUGACACCAAGUAGAAAGGAUUCUUUUACUUUUCAACAACCGAUUCAAAAUCAACAACAUAAUCAAAAUUCUCUUCCACAAUUACAAAAUCAACAUCAACAGCCUUCUUCUGCUCCUUCUUUAUAUGCACAACCCAAUGUUGGAGGGGUCAAUCCCGCCAUGUUACAAUUACAGACAGAACUCGCUCGUAGGCAAAGUGGAAGCAACAACGGACAAUUUACCAACUCUCAGAAUCCGACCGCACCAUCGGGUCUGACAAUGGCGGGAAUCCAAAACAUGCACAAUAUUCAACACGUCCAAAAUUCACACCACGUGGGAGGAGGGGUACAGGGAGGAGGAAACCAAAUCAUGCAAGGAAUGAGAAAUGGAAUGCAGAGUAUGGCGAAUGGAGGAACGAUAGGACAAUCUUUCCAAAAUCUCACUCCUCAACAAGCACUAGCUUUGUUCCCUCAAUCUAAUUCUCAGGCGUAUAUCAGCUCCAAUGGUUCUUUAGGUCCCAUGCUCGGUGUUGGGGCAAUGUCCACAAACGGAGGAAUAGGGUCGGAUGUGGGUGUGGGUAUGGCGCAGGCAGCUUUGGGGGGACCGUUAUUGAGUACCACGCAAAUGGUCGAGGGUGAAUACGAAAGGGUAAAGGAUAGUUUUGUUGUUGAAUCAUGUCCCGGUUUUUAG